UCCACUGUCCACGCGUGUUUAAGAUUUGUUGGUAAAGUCUGUGCUAAAGUCAGACAUUGUGAACGUAUAAUACGUAUUUUUCAUCAUCAUGGGAGGACAGGCAAAGGGCAAGAAGAAAAACAAACCAAAGAGGAAAAACAACCACCCAAACAAUGAUGCUGAAUUUGUGAUGCUGUCACCUCAGGAAAGGAUGAAAAUAAGAAUGCACGAAAAAGCCAAGAAGAAAACAGCUGAGAAGUACUCUGUGCAUCAACUACUAGAGAAGACAGAGGAAUGCAUGGAUGGUUUUGACUUUGAGAUGGCUGCCCUUUACUGUCAACGAGCCCUGGACCUGGAGUCCACUAACCUGAAAGGUCUAGACAUGCUUGGACACAUCAGCUCUGAACUUGGAGACACACAGAAGGCUAAGGGAGUUUUUCUGCGUGCAGUGGAGCUGAGCCCAGAUGUAGGCCACAGUAAGUACAUGUACCUGGGACAGAUCCACACAGGCCAGGAGGCUGUUGACUACUACACUAGAGGAAUACAAGUCCUACUCUCUACAUUGGACAAACAAGCGCAGACCACUCAGCCUCAGGCCGGAGCUGCUGCCCUACUAGAUGAGGACUCUGAACUCCCAACAGUGAAGGAUGUUAGUGUGGCCUACUGCUCCAUCGCUGAGAUUUACCUAACAGACCUCUGCAUGGAGGAAGGAGCUGCAGACAAAUGCAAAGAGUUCAUUGAUAGCGCAUUACAGUAUAACCCUGACAACCCAGAGGCUCUACAGCUUAUGGCCAGUUACCUGUUCAGUGCAGAAAGAAACCAGGAAGGCAAAGAAUACCUGUUGAAGAGUGUUGGAUUGUGGCUACCUGCCCUAAAACAGAGUGCAGCUUCUCCCAGCACAGAAGACGACUUGCAGAAUGAGAUCCCUCCGUACGAGUCUCGCAUCACCACCGCCAAACUGCUCAUCGAGGCCGAGGAAUACGAGAUGGCUGUGGAUGUGGUGGAGAGUCUUCUAGAGGAGGACGAUGAGGUCGUUCAGGUGUGGUAUCUCUCUGGCUGGGUGUGCUACCUCCAGUUGGAAAAAGCAAAGGAGCAGCAAGCAAGGGAGGGAAGAGAAGUGACUGAGGAGGAGAAGGAGGAGUGGAAGGCACUGAUGGAGGCGGCCAGAUUGCACCUGACUAAUGCUAAGAAGCUGUACAGUAAGGUGCGAUGUGAUGACCAGCCGAUUUUGGAGCAUGUGGAGCAGCUGCUAGGUGAGCUGGGAGGAGAGAUGGAGGGAGAAGAGGGCGACCCAGAUGUGGAUGAAGACUAUGAACCCUGUAGUGAUGAGGAGGAAGACAAUGUAGAGGCACCCAUGGAACACUGACCUCACCCCCUUGCUUGUACUCUGAUUUCAUUUUUCCUCAUCAUGGUCCACCUGGUUUAAAUGUUCUGGUGUGCUCUCUAAAGUGCCUUUUUUUACUGGUUAUCCUUCACAUCCACUUAUCAAAGAUACAAUUUGAAUUCAAGUGAGUUCCACAAAAAUAAUGGCAUUAAAAGCUGCAGUCUACUCAAUCUUUUUCUGUCAGUUUAAUGCUUUUGGUAAAAUAAGUGCACACUUGACUAAUGCUUCUCUUAAUCUCCUUGACAGAUGUUGAUGAAAUAAAUUAGUUUUAGGGCUUUACUUCUCACCAGCAGCAAAAGCAAAAACACCUUUGAAUGCUUUUACCUCUUAUACUCACCCACGCUUGUUUCCUACAAGCAAGCAUACAUGGCACAUGAGCACACACACAAACAAAAGCGGCAUGGUAAUUACUUCAGCUCUUCCUCAAUACAACAGCAGCAGUGUUUUCUUCUCAGACUGCAGUAAAGUUGGAUAUCUCAUCAGGCUGUAAGAAUUAUUAGAAAAUUGUCAAGACAGUUGAUGCUAUCUUAAAAUGUAACAGUUUUAUUCUUAGUUUAUGUGCAAUGUUAGAAUUUUAUGCUGUUCGGUUUAUUCUCCUGUGUUGGAUUUUUUUUGUUAAGUCAUUGGAUUCAACAAGACAAGACACAAUAGAGAGAAUUUAACAUUAACUUAUGCAGCAUGCAUCUCUCUCUGCUAGACUGUUCAAAGUGGCAGCCACAAAGCCUUUUAGAAAGGAGAAACAGGAAGACUUUUUUAAAACUAUUUUUCACAUCGCAGCCUUUUAAAAAUUCUUACACAGGGUUAUGCAGUGUAAUGACAUAGGUUAGUGCCGUGGCACAAUAAUGGACCGAUGCUUUUCACUUUCUUUUACAUACAUAUAUUUUUUCUUUACAGUUGAGAGCAGUAAGGUGAAGAGUCACACUUUAUGCGUCUGAGUGGUAGACACAGCCACAAAGAUGUAGCUGCUGUCUGGAAAAGAAGAUUAUAACCAUUUAAUUCUUCUUUUUGCAAACGGCAGCAAGCAACUUUAAAUGUAAGGCAGUCACAGCAUGACAAAGUACUGAUUCAAGCCAGAGAUGUUAGUAUGAAAAGUUUAAAAUCUAUUUUGUGAAAAUUUGUGCUACAAAAUCUGAUUUUGUUUUGUUUUUCCAAAAUUGGGAUUCACUGGCCUCAUUUUUAUCACGAUCUUCAUUGUUUUAGAGACAAACAAUUUUAAAAUGGAGAAGAAAUAAGGUCCAAAUGUCAAUUUUUACAUACCUGCAAAAUCUGUUGGACAGAGCAUUUUUGAUUUGUUUUGUAGUGUGUCAAGAUUUUUGUUUUCUUUUUUUCCACAAACUGACAUUUUCUCCCCAGAUUAGUAGAGGGACUUUAGUAUGUGAUGUGGAUGCUGUAACACACAUCCACCACAGAGUGUUUCCCUUAACUGUCUGUUGUUAACAAACACAAAACACCAUGAGCAUACACUGCUGAGCGGCCCCUUUGAAAAAUUCCAUAACCGGUAAAUGGGAACGUUAUCUUAGAUCCUUGUCCUGAUAGCGACCCAGCUACAAGCUGAGAGGCCUGUUUGGGAUACAGGGGUUCAGAUGCCAUGAUCUGAUUGUGUGUGUUUGUGUCUAAGGAGCGUAAAAUAAAGCUCAGGAGAAAAGUUACAGAUAUGAUACCCUGUGUAUGUGUGUAUCUGUGUGUGUAUAUGCUGCAUUUUAUCAUAGCUUAAUGUGAUAUGAUGCGUUGUUAUUUAUGGACUGGGCUUUAGCUGAAACAUUCAUGUCUGUGGUGCUUAGUGUGUGAUAAUGUACCAGGAGAACAGACCUUGAGGACUGACUACCUGGAGCGAUGCUGUCAUGUAGCAUUUGGUUUUAUAAUUAAAAUGUGC